GAUAUUUAGUCCGUAACGACGAGCGCCCAAUAUUCGCGCCAACUUCGAAGAGAAACCAUAAACAGAGGGGAAAUGGCUGAGGUUGAUUGUGUGAAUAAUUUUGAGAAUGAUCCAAAAGCCAUCCUUGGGUGCAAAGAUGAAAGUGAUGGUCCUCCUUCCAAGAAAUUAAGACAAGCUCGAUUACCUUUCAAACCUUUGGAACAGAAACCACAGAUUGUUUCCCCACAGGGACCCAAAAAGAGAAAACUCUCUGAUGGCGAAUCCCCUAGUGCCAAACUACACAAGAACCACAAACAAGAGCGCCAGCCAUCUGGAGAGAACAAGCCCCUUACCCAGUGUAUGGUUGAUCAUGAUCCGGAAGUCAGCUCAAGCUCCGAGGCAGAGAACAUUCCAAUUGGAUUUUCAAACCGUAUUCGAAAUACCUUGGAGCGAUUCGUGAGAAAGGGUCCUCAGGAGGAGAUCAGCUCUACUAACGAAUGUAUCAUUUGUAUCGACCCUGAAGAGAAAAACAUUUCGUCUGAUGAUGUUGCUGAGAAACAGGAAAAGAUCAAUGAUGUCCAAAAAGAGUUGAGUAAAGAAAGUCCUGUGCUGGAUACCCCUAAGGUGGAGGAAACUUCUGCUAGCCCAGAAAAGCCAAGGGGGUCGGACAAGACCUCUCUGAACACAGUACAGGUGACUUCAAUUGAAGAUUCAGACAAUGAUGCAGUAUCGUGUUCUCCAGAAAAAGAAAUUAUAAAGGAAGAUGAAAAAGACAUAGAGCCAAAGGAGGAUACUUCAAAAAUACAACCCAAGAAUGAACAAAUUGUCUCUGUUGAAGUGGCGGAAGAUGUCUCAACAAAUGAUGAAAAAGAUGUUUCAAUGGAAGAUUCUGCAAAGGAAACAGAAAUAGAAGAUGCUUCAAUGAAUGAAGAAAGUGUGUCUUCAUCACAAGAGGAAAAUUUCAACACUCCUGCCAAAACUAAACAACAAGCAUCAGCAGCCCCUGAAGCUGGAGUAAACCAGACGACUUCGUCAAGCCCAACGUCCACAGUGAAACCUCCCUGUCCUCGGACACCUGUGUCACAGAGCCCAGAAAGCUGCAGUGAUGGCUGUGAUGGCACACCAAAGUCUGGAAAGAAAGCUGUUCGGACAAAGGUGUCUGCCGCAAAACUGAAAGAAAAAGAUCUAAGGCAAAAGAUCAAAGAAGAAAAAGAAAAGAAACUUGAGGAGAAGAGACUAAAGAAAGAGGAGGAGCGUCUUGAAAAGGAAGAGAAAAGGAAAGAGAGAGAGGAAGCAAAAGCGCUGAAAGAUAAACAGAAAGAAGAAGAAAAGGAAAAGAAAGAGAAGGAAAGACUGGAAAAGCUACAGUUAAAAGAGGAAGAAAAAAAGAAAAAACAAGAACAACACGAGGCAAAGUUGGAGGAGAAAAAAAAGAAAGAUGAGGAACUUAAACUCAAGAAAGAAGAGAAAAUGAAAGAAGAAGAAGAAAAAGUGAAGAAGAUAUCAAAGACAAAGCAAGCUUUCCAGAGUUUCUUCAUCAACAAGCAGAGAGUCUCUCCAGUCUCAAAGGUUAAUGAAACUAAAAGUUUGUUCAUGCCAUUUGAAGUAAAGAAGGACAUGAAACUGGCAACAUAUUGUCCAAGAAAACAAUUGGACGAUGAAGCAGCAGCAACACUUGACCAGUUGUCUUACGAACAGUCUCACGACAGCCCCCUGUACGUUGAGGAGCUCAGAACUGGAAAAAUACGACCCAAAAAAUACAAAGCAGUUGACAGGAAACUUAAUAUGGAUGAUGAUGUGGUGCUUGUUCACGACUCGGAGUCGGUCAAUAAGGUUACAUACCAUUGUAAACUGCUCCAGUUCCACACCAAUUACAGACCACCUUACUUUGGCACAUGGAGGAAAAAAAGUGGAACUGUCAGUCCUAGGAAUCCAUGGAAACAAGACAAGGAUCUGUUUGACUAUGAGGUAGAAAGUGAUGACGAAUGGGAGGAGGAGGAGCCAGGAGAGAGCUUAUCUGGAUCAGAGGGAGAAGAGGAGGAGGAUGGUGGUGGUGAUGGGGAGGAUGAAGAUGACUGGAUGGUUCCUCAUGGAUACUUGUCAGAUGAUGAGGGAUGCCAAGCUGAUGAAGAUGUAAGCCCAGAGAUGAUGAAGGCUGCACGACAGGCAAAGCUUGAUUCAUGGGAAAGUGAACUGAAGCGCCAGACCAAAGCCGCACUGCCAAUCAUCAUCGGCUGUGUUUGGGAACAAGCUGUGCACAGUCUCCAGAAACAGGUCCAAGAAACAAUUAACAGUUACAAGGCUGUGUGUUUGAGUGCUGACCCUAUACCAACCACGUAUAGCAGAGCUCUGAACACUAAACUGGACAGUUCACCCUCGGAGAAGAAUUGUGCUACACCUAAAAAUGGCAUGAUCAAACCUGUUCCCGAAGAAGCAAUGCCAGAUUUGAUUCGCUUGGUCCAUGGAAACUUGGCUGGAAUCAAGAAGCUGAUUAAAAGAUUCAGAACAUUUUGGGGACAAAAGGUCUCUGGUGACCAAACCCCAUCAUCACCUGCAGAGUCAAAAAUGGAAGUUGAUACUCCUGAAGUGAAAGUGAAAGAAGGGGAAACGCCCAUUGAAAAAAGGAUUGCUAUGGAUACAUCUGAAAUCAGUGAUGAUGUCCACACAUACUGUAUAUCUAAGCGUCAGCUGGAAUUAAAGAUAUCGUCCAUAGCUGUCCGCGAGAAGCGUGCAACGUUCAAGAAAGUAUGUUGGUAUGUACAUGAAAACUUUCAACAACAGUACAAUCUGACGGACCUCCCUGUGCCUAAUAUACAAGAAACUGACAAUGAAACCCCCAAGCCCAAGUCUGAAGAACCAACUACACCCACUACAUCCCUCAAAACACCUAAGGUGUCCAUUACACAGUUUGCAAGACACAUGUCUCCCUCAGAGAUAGCAGCUCAGCAUGCUGCUGUCGCAGCCAAGCAAGCGGCAGAAGCGUCGGCCAAGUUGGCAGCAUUGGAAGCUGCAUCGAAACAGGCUGCACUUGAGGCAGUGGCAAAACAGCAAGCUUUGGAGGCAGCCAUGCGCCAGGCAGCAGCAAUCAAUGCUGCACAGCAUGGCGGUAUGCAGGUCAUUCCAGGAGCAUCAUUUACUUCUCCCCAGCAUAAAGCUCAGGUCAACUUCACAUCCCCCUCUCAUCCCAAUUUCAAACCUAGGGCCAUGUCACCACAGGUUAUGUUUCCUGGGGGAUCUCCACUAACAGCCAAAGCAUCUCCAGAUAAUCAGAAGAAGAGAAUUAUUCCUACCAUGUUGUCGCCACUUCUUCAGAAAUCUUUGCAGAGUCCUCAAAUGGGAAAAAGUGAAUCGCAAAUCAGGAUUGUUCCUACGAUAAUUUCACCGAGUAAUCCUCUAAAGAGGAUGACUCCAUCAGUGAAUUCAGUUAAUAAUCAGCAGAAAAGGAUAGUUACUAAAAUGGUCUCACCAAGUAAUCCUCUAAAGAAAAUGACUCCAUCGGUAUAUCCAGUUGACAACCAACAGAAGAGGAUAGUCCCUACAUUGGUAUCGCCACUGUCGUCAAAGACAGCUGUAAAAACGGAAUUGCCAUUCAAUGUUGUUGGCAAAAGCCCAUCUAAUGUGAGACCUAUAAACAAAUUAAUAACCAUGCCUCAGGACCAACCAAAGUCAGUAAACAAUUCUUCUCACUCGUUGCAGAAUCCUGUUGGACAAAUGGUGAAAAUGAGCUCCACGCCACAGGGACCUGCCAGACCAGUAAAUCAGAUGGUCAGUUCUGUAGUGGGAGGGCAUGAUUCUGAGAAUGCAAUUGUCAUAGAUUAAUGCACAAUCUUCCUACAGAAAGAUUUUGGUGAAGGAAUGUUGGUAUUAUAAAGAUAAUACUGGUACAAGAUAUUGAUAAUUUGUUCCUUUAUUGCCUUUCAUCUAAGAUAACUCAAUUAACCAGUGUUGUAAAUUUUCUUUGAACAGUAGGAAGAUUUACCGUUUUAUACUUGAUGCACAAAUGAAAUGGCCAUCAUGUAUGUUUCCUAAGAACAGUUGAAUGUGAUGUUAAAGAUAAAGCUCUUUACCAAGUGCAAUAUAGAGUGAGCGAUUGUGGCGAGCAGUUCAUACUUGAGAGCGAAAAACUUUUUUUUCAAAUAAAAAUGCUGAAAACUUUGAUAGUCCAGAGUGACCGAUUGUUAAACAUGGCAAUUUCUGAAAUUGUAAAUCUGAAAAAUAUCUUAUAUGGCAAUCUGUAUGUGUGCUUGCAGUCAUGGUGUGAUUUCGAAGUCCAUAUUAACGGUACUGAUCUAAAUUUCAAAUAUAAGAUAUUGCCAUUUACUUUCUACAAUUUAAAUUUCCCAUAUUUGUUUUCAUCAAUUAAAAAACAUCACAUGCUCAUCAUUCUUAUUCUCCUUUACAAAAUCAUACAUUAAAUGUUAACUUGAAUGGUGUCAUGAUUAUAAAACAAUUGAUAACUUAGAAUUAUGAUUCAGUCCUAGAGUUUUGAGUCAUAUUUCAUGAUUUUCAUAAUUUACAACUGUUUCGUGUUUAGAAAUGUGCAUUCUGAUAGGCUUGCGGCCAAAUUGAUAUCAUUUUUUCUAUUCAAAAGUGUUCUAGAUAUAACUCGGCCACUUGAUCUAGAAACAAGUGUCUGAAUUCAAGAGGCAGGACUAUUUUUUGCUAGCAAUUCAUUGCCAUUUUCCAGAUAUUUAUUUAUAUUUUGUACACAUUUUUGUAUAAUUAAGUAUAUAAGUGAGGAAGAUAAGAAAAAUAUAUAUUACAAACAGGGAAAGCAAAUUAAAGUUGCUAGCUCAACAUUUUUGUCUGAUAAUUAGGUAAUGCUUUAUCUGGAGAGAAAUGCCUUAUAAUAAAAGGACAGGAUGUUUUUGUGUGCGAGAAAUAUGUGUUGUGAAAAUGAUGCAAUGUAUUUAAAGAACCAGUUGUGAAGGAAAUGAUACGAGAAACGGAAGGUUACAAACGAGCUUAAAUUAUUAUAAUUUUUCAAAAAACUAUUUUACACUGUCCAAUGGAGUAUUAUACUGACUUUUCAAGGGAAUGUCUAAAAUAGGGCAUACACUCUCAGUAAGGUUUGUAGUAUAAAUUAUGAUAGGUAGGGUAACCCUAAACUAACAUCAGGCCUAUGCAACAUGUAGAAUCUGUAGUGUACAUAUUUUGUCUUAGUGCUUAGGUCUUGUAUGUGUAAUGUACGUAUAUCCUUGAAGCGGGUUUCAUGAUGUAAUUAAUCAACAAAUUGUGUAUAGAACCAGCUAAAGAAAACAGUCACCUUGGGUCAAAGUGUUUUCAAGAUAUUUAUGAUUUCUUCCAUCAAUGAAUUUUUUUUUUAUAUAUAAAUGAUCUGUAUGUAUUCAUCAGCCUAUCAAAUGAAAUUGGGUUCUCUAUAAUGAUUGGUUUAAUUUCUGCAUUUUUUGUCUAAAAUCCCAACUGAUUCACCCCUGAAGACUUGUUUGAACUCUUUCAAUUCAAAGGUUAGAAUAGUUCUUCAGGGGUGAAUGAGUUAGCAUCAUUCUUAUCUUGCAAUAACCUCAUGCCUGGUAUUAACAAGUCUAUCCAUAUCUGUUACAAUCAGUGAAAAUACCAAUAAAUGCUGUUUCAGUGUCCUGUAAUUAUAUAUAAUUAACCCACUUGAAACCAGAUGAUGUGAUGUCCUCACUAGGCGUAUUGCAGGAUAAACACAGUGGUUACUAUAAAGUGCUUAUAUUCACCCUUUUGUAUUAAAUAUUGAAAAAAAAUGAUUGAUUCAAAGACGCCAAAUUCAUGCACUAUUCACAUACUCUAGGUUUGUAUAUAUAUGACUAAUGCAAAAAUUGGGUCAAUUUUGAUGGGGGUGAAAAUGAAAUACUGUUACUCAGAAAAUAACUCAUAAUCCAAAUGAGGAAAAGCAUUCAAACACUGAUCAGGCAAGAUGCCUCAUACCAGCCAGGUUGCAGAUUUUGAUAUUACCAUUUCAGUGAUUCAAGAUGGAAGUUUUCAAAAAGAUGCUAGAUAGAGGAUUACUGAUAAUAUUGUAUUGAAAUGAAAAGGUGCAGGAACCCAUCUUCUACUGUAAAUCUCAUCUCUCUUAAUGUAUUUUUUCUCAUUUCAAUCCUUCAUCUUUCCUCUGAAUACCAAAUUUGUUUGUAAUAUAUAUGAUUAAAAUAUGAAAGGGAUAUUUUCCGUGAAAAUAAAAUAGCAUGCAGAUACAUAAAGUUUGUCUUCUGUUUUUAUAUGUUAGUCAUGAACUGCCUCCCAUCUGAGCGAAGUAGUGAUGGGCAAUCAGUUUAAAAUCAUAAU